AUGUUUGCGGUCAAUGGACCGAGCGGACCAACUUCCCGCCACGAGCGGCGCGCAAAGAGUGGCCGAGAGAAAGAGGAGAGCGCCAAGAGCUGCUGCGCCGAGAAGAAGCGCGAGCAGUUCUUCCAGGAAAGACGCGCACAGUCUGACAAGUGCAAACACGGCGCGAAAGAUCCACUGGCUUCUGCCUGCAAAUCCGAUAUUUUUAAGGGAUGUCGGGUCGUCUUCAACGGACGCACCGGCAAUGUGUCUUCGUACAAUUUGGCAAAGCUGGUGCAGGAACAUGGAGGCAACGUUGCAUCAGCGUUGACGACCACGCGCGUUACUCACAUGGUCGGGUCCAACUUGAACGGGUCCAAGGCGGACAAAGUGCUCAAAAACUCGAGCAAGUUCAAGUUUGUCACGCCAGAGUGGAUCGUGCAGUCAGUCAAGUUUCAGAAGCGCCAGCCCGAAUUUGCUUUCCUCGUGUACAAGGACUCUCGCACGCUCUGUGCCGCAUUUUCGCGGGCUGCUUCUUCGACCAGCUGA